UUAGUAGUUUCUGUAUUUCUGCAUCUGCGGUUGCUUAACCCUUCUAGAUAUGAAGAAGCUAAGGCAAAGGGCAUUGAUAAUUAUGAGAGAGAGUUGGAAGAUGCUAUUGAUAGGCUCAUUGGUGAGUGUGAUAGGAAAAUUGGUAGAGCUCUCAAGCGUUUUGAAGAUGAGGAUGAAAGGGUUGCUAUUGCUAUAUCAGUCUCUGAAGUUACUUAGGUUUUGCAUAAGUCUUCAUUUUAUCUGUCUGACCUUUCUCCCACUUUGGACUUACAGAUUUAUUUAUUUUCUAUGUUGAUGUUAUAGACACCAGAAGUACUAGAGCUUUCAAAGCAGAUUAAGGAGAAAUUGAAAGAAGCUGAUCAAUAUGGUGAGAAGGGGAUGGUGGACGAGGCACAAAAAGCAUUAGAAGUGGCUGAAGCACUCAAGAAGGUUUCAAUUUUUGAAUUUAAUAGUGUUAUUUCUGUAAAUUGAUUUUUAUUAACUUGCACCAUAUCCUUCUCCUUGGGAUGCAUUAUUUGUGGAUAAUUAUUUUUCCAUAUGUUCAGCUUUUUGCCAGACAGGAGCCUGUUCUGGAUUCCUCAAAGUAUACUGCUGCUGAUGUUCGCAUUAUGAGUUCUGUUUUUCUUUCUUUCAAUUUCACAGAAGGAAAACUAUGAUAAAAACUAGAUAAGAAAACUUAGACACACUUGGACCUUAUUGGGAAAAUAUGAAUUUGAUUUGCAUAAUUAAUGCAUGAAUAGUCCCUCGUCAUAAUUUGAUUUUAGUUUAAUUUUCUUUUAGUCCAUUUAAAUGUUAAUAUUUUAUCUGCCCUAAUCUUUAUGAUCAAAUUUUGUUUCAGACUGAUCAAAAGCUACGUGUUUGUGAUAUUUGUGGAGCAUUUUUGAGUGUUUAUGACAGUUACAUUUUUUAUCUUCUACUUCUUGAUAAUAGCCUUUUAUCUUCUUUCUAAGGGCUUCAAAUAGUUAGUGUUUGGGGUUUCAAGCGCUUCAGCUUUUGACCCGGCUAGUAUACCUCCUUGUCACCAGUAGGCCUUUGGGCCCAGUUUUACAAGGAUAACUUUUGCAGCUACAUAAUGUGCAUCUUUUUCUGUUUUUGUAUUUGUAGAUCAUGCAAUUGUUAGAUAAUAAAUAUUGGGGAACUGUAUAAUCUAUAAUGCAUACUACUGCAAUAUAUAUAUAUAUUAUUUUUCCUUUUUUAAGUUUCUAUGUCAAAGAGAUUUGAUUUUUCUUGUUCCUUUUAGUGACCAACGUUUAGUAGAUCAUUUUGGAAGCAAACUUCAUUUAGGCUAUAUGCAAAUCCGUGAUAAAUUAGCAGAACUUCAGGUAAGAUGAUUUAUAUACUGACUGUCUAUGGUGGCUCUGCUUUAAGUGUUACAUUAGACUAGGGAUUGUGCCUGGCAUCCAAGGUGUUGGUUGUAUAUAUUGCUUGAACUAUCCGCUUACCAUGUCUAUUAUUAUUAUUAUUUUCUUAAAUAAUCAGAACUUUAUUUG